AUGGCGCCUUCUGCCUAUGCUACUAUGGAUACUGAAGAGUUACGGUCCCUACUCCGUAAGCGCGGUCUCUUGGGGGUCGGGCAGAAGAAAACACUUGUGACGAGGUUAGAGGACUCAGAUCGUAACCCGAGAGCUGCUCGGCGUGAAGCUAGAGAGAACCAUCGUGCAGCGACUGCUGCUGCACCGGCCCGGCGAUCUCGUAAGAGCGGUACUCCAGUGAACCCACUUACAACACCAACUUCUAGCUCCGUCCAGGCUUCCAACACCCCGGGUCCCCAGAUGCCGUCUACAGUGCCAUCUACAGGUAAUCGUGAAACUCAGCUAGACAGAUUGACUGCAGCAUCCACCGAAAACCCUCCCGACAAAUCUCCGGGCAAAUCGCUAGCCGACAGCGACUCGGACUCACAAGUGGAGGAACAGGACGACGGAGAUCGCAGCUCUGAAGAAGAGCACAUCAGCAAUCCAUCUCUUUCCAGCGAAACGCGCAAUGUGGCUGAUGAUCACCCUACCUCCGCCGGCGCAGAGCGUGUGGCUUCAGAGACUCAUGCUUCCCUCCGCGAGAACUAUCGUACCGGAACACCGCCCUCGAAUGUGGAACAGCGCGCCGAGCCAUCCAAUUCAGCAACCGAUCUAGCCCAGACCCAGCCAGCAAGCGACAACAAAGCGCAGAAUGAGAACUUUCCAGAAGAGGGUAGUGAUUCAGACUCUGAGCCUCUACCUGGGUCGCGCAAUGCAUCGCAAGCUGCUUCUCCGCCUCCGAACGCUGCACCGGAUGUCGCUCCCGCUCAACAUCCAGCCGUCGCCCGAAUUCAAGCCGGCAAUCGGAACGAACAGAUCGCACCACAUCAGCGAACAGUAGCAAAUCGGCCGAGUAGAAGGACCCAAGAGCCACAGGAAGCACUGCCCGUCUUGCCUGAAUUCGUUGGCCAUUUCCAGGAUCCUGAAGCUGCCCGUAAUUGGUAUGACGCAAACGUCGGACGGCUAAGCCAUUGGGUGCCUCCAUCGUCGCUCGAGAUGAUGAACCAUGCAGAGCAACAGACACUGCCGUUGGUGAAGUUCCUGUACAAUGCGUUCAUCAACACAGAUGACAUCUUUGACAACAGCACGAAUGCUGGUCGCAAGAACUGGACGCAUACAGCCAAGUAUACUUCAGAGAUGAUUGAGGCGGCUUGCUUUGAACUUAUCAAAGAGGUCUUCGAACUUCACCGUUUUGGAUUCACACAGGGCGCGAAGUACGACAUGACCUCGGACCGACUGAAGAAGCUCAGCAGGCAGGACCGCAGCCUAGAUAUCGAAGACCGAAUGAUGGUCAUCUACGUCGCGCUCUAUCACUGGAAGAUCAUAUGCGACGAAAUGGUGAACCUGCCACCCGGAGACAGGGAUCGGAGGCGAUUCGUCAGUGCUCCUGUGUUGUACUUUCGUCGCAAAGGAGAAAACCAGCGCAAUAACGACAUCAAGGCACAAAAGCACACGGUUCUGAGGCGGGGCGCAGGGGAGGAGGCUCCAGAGGUCUCUCUAGAGCGGCUUCAGAAUCCAGAUCUGGGUAAAGGACGACGCGACGCACAAUCACUCGGUCUCGAGCUCUUCAAAGACAAUUCAGAGAUUACGGAAUUGAUUCAACCGUGUAAUAGGGCACCACGAGCUGCUUCACAGCCUCCUCAAGACACUCACGCAUCAAACGCAGCUCAUAGGGAACCUGUUGCGCCACUGGGUAGGCCGCCUGGCCAGGAGCGAGUACGUCUUGGAACCGCACCACUACCCAGACAGCCAAGUGGGACGGUAUCAACAGACAUGUCACAACACGCUGCAAAGCACCGAAAGCUAAAUUCGUCCAAGAAGCUCCCUCUUCCGGUUCCCGCCAUCCCACGACCGAACCAUGCGCACCCACUCCAACAGGUCUCAUAUGCUGCUCUUGACGCAACAGGUCCGAAUUAUCAAGGCCCAGACGGAUAUCGAGUCUUAAACCAUCCGGCACCAUCUAGGCAAACAAGCCGCCCGUCUCUUCCUAUUCCCGCCGCGUCCAACGAUGAACUCGAUAACUCCAUCAAUGAUGGUGCUGAGGCGGGUGAUGAAGACGACGAUGGAGAUGCAGACAUGGCGCUUCAUCCGCCUGAGCUGAUCGACUUAAGCAACGAUGACGACUUUGAGGAUAUCCUGACACCACCCCCUGCCACUGUUCAUCGGGCAAGUUCCCAGAACCGCCUGCGAGGACGUGAAGCGACUUCCAAUACUGCCACGAGGUUCAAUCCUACCCCGAGGCCCAAUCGAUCCACGACGGUAUAUCCUUCUACACCUCUAGGAGACCUGUCAGUGAUGUCAGAUUUCGAGAUAAGCCUGCGCAUUGAGAAGGAGAAGCGUGAACGAGAGAAGCGUGGCUGA